GAGAUCCUCAAAGCACAUAGAAUAUCCAGCAUUAAAAAAUGGAGAAUAAAAGACGAAAAAACGUAAUUUCAAAAUUGGUUAGAAGUAUAUAUGUUGCUUUAAACCCUAAACCCUAACCCGACGGCGGUUUCUAGAAAUAUCUCGAAUUCAACUUCUGCUGCAUAUUUCUUCUAUAUUUUGGCUGUCGCGGAGUUCUGACCAGUCUACAACACUGACGUUUUAGCUUCUCCAAGUUUUGAUCUUUAACAGUCAUUUGUUUUUCUCGUUAUUUCGCAAGCGCCAAUACAACAUGUACAGAGCGGCAGCUGGACUUGUUUCUAGAGUCGGGAGCAGAAACUCGCGCUCUCGUCUGCAGAGUGCUAGCAGAUAUGGGUGGAGUAGAAACUAUGCAGCAAAAGAGAUCCGUUUUGGAAGUGAAGCACGCAUUGCAAUGUUGCAAGGUGUGGAACAACUUGCAGAUGCAGUGAAGGUGACCAUGGGACCAAAGGGUCGCAAUGUCAUUAUAGAACAAAGUUUUGGAUCCCCAAAGGUCACUAAGGAUGGUGUCACUGUUGCAAAAAGCAUCGAGUUUAAGGAUAAAGUGAAGAAUAUUGGUGCAAGCCUUGUCAAGCAAGUUGCUAAUGCAACGAAUGAUGUAGCUGGAGAUGGUACAACAUGUGCAACUGUACUUACUCGGGCAAUAUUCACAGAGGGCUGUAAAUCAGUAGCAGCUGGUAUGAAUGCAAUGGACUUAAGGCGUGGUAUUAACAUGGCAGUUGACGCUGUUGUAACACAUCUGAAAAGCAGGGCACGAAUGAUAAGUACAUCUGAAGAAAUUGCUCAGGUAGGGACUAUCUCUGCAAAUGGUGACAGAGAGAUAGGCGAAUUAAUUGCUAGAGCAAUGGAAAAAGUUGGGAAGGAAGGAGUCAUUACUGUUGCGGAUGGGAAAACAUUGUAUAAUGAGUUAGAAGUGGUGGAGGGAAUGAAGCUUGACAGGGGUUAUAUAUCUCCAUAUUUUAUUACCAACCAAAAGACUCAGAAAUGUGAAAUGGAGAAUCCUCUGGUUUUGAUAUAUGAAAAGAAAGUGGCAAGCUUGCAAGCGGUAGUUCGAGUUAUGGAGCUAGCUCUCGAGAAACAAAGGCCUCUUCUAAUUGUAGCAGAGGAUGUAGAGAGUGAAGCAUUGGCUACUUUGAUCUUGAAUAAGCUUCGUGCAGGGGUGAAGGUUUGUGCUAUUAAGGCCCCUGGUUUUGGUGAAAAUAGGAAAAAUAACUUGCAGGAUCUUGCUGCACUUACUGGUGCACAGGUCAUAUCAGAGGAUCUUGGCAUGAAGCUUGACAAAGUAGAACCUGGCAUGCUUGGAACAGCUAAGAAGGCAACUAUCUCUAAGGAUGACACUAUAAUUCUUGAUGGAGGUGGUGACAAAAAAGCAAUUGAAGAGAGAUGUGAACAAAUCCGUACUAAUAUUGAAGCAAGCACAUCUGAUUAUGACAAAGAAAAGCUUCAGGAGAGGUUGGCAAAGCUAUCAGGAGGAGUUGCUGUUCUUAAGAUUGGAGGAGCCAGUGAGCUUGAAGUGGGGGAGAAAAAAGAUAGAGUCACUGAUGCAUUGAAUGCGACAAAGGCAGCAGUAGAGGAGGGCAUUUUGCCAGGUGGUGGUGUUGCUCUUCUCUAUGCAACAAAAGAGCUUGAUACAAUUCCUACAGCCAACUUUGACCAGAAGAUUGGAGUUCAGAUAAUUCAGAAUGCAUUGAAGUCUCCUGUACAUAUAAUUGCUUCCAAUGCUGGUGUCGAGGGUGCUGUUGUAGUUGGAAAACUACUGGAACAAGAGAAUCUUGAUUAUGGCUAUGAUGCUGCUAAAGGUGAGUAUGUCGAUAUGAUAAAGGCUGGCAUUGUUGAUCCUCUAAAAGUUAUCAGAACUGCAUUAGUUGAUGCAGCAAGUGUAUCUUCGUUGCUGACUACCACAGAGGCAGUGGUUGCUGAACUUCCAAAGGAUGAAAGGUCAAGCCCGGGCAUGGGUGGCAUGCCGCCCAUGGGUGGAAUGGAUUUCUAAGGAAGUGUGAGGAUCCCAGCAGAAUGUUCAAGCUAGGAAGUUUUUUGGUGAAGUGGUUGCUUUGGAGGUUACAAAGUGUCAUAUGUUCUGCAAUUGCAAUUUAUUCUAGAUGGGCAAGUGGAAGUUUUGCUCUUUGUCACUAUUUAUGCAAUUGGAUUAUUAAUUAUCUCAAGCUGGGUAGGGCGUUUUCAUUGAACCACCUGGCAGAGGCCGAGUGGAAAACUGUAAACAUAGGAGAGGCUAAACAAUUUUGUAAUUAAUCUGGUUUGAAGGCAAUAAAGUGCAAAGCAAUUCUUAUAUAUAA